AUGUCGUGGUCACGUGCUCGAUUGAGGUGGCGCGUAAAAGCGCGUCAACUUUGUAAUCACUUCAAAGCAUACCACCACGGACUCAGGAUCGUAUUUAUUGCUCCUCAGAUGAGCGACUCGGAGGGAUAUUUUGACGACGACCCUAUCGACUUCGACGCGGAGGCCCUCGGACAACUGGAUGCCAUAGAAGCUGCCGCCCUCGCCGUCGACAACGUUCCACAGUCGGACUACGAUGACUCGUUUGGCGACCUUUCUCUGGCCCUCGACUCCGCAGAUGCGGCGCGACUCGACGCAUAUAUUGCAGAAGUCAUUGAUGUAGAUGCUCAACCUUCAGCGAGCUCCAGUACGCUUUCGCGAUCCACGUCUCGCGCGACGCUUCAGACAACUUUGUUCGGAGAUGUACUUCAGCCACAAGCAAGCUCAAGUCGGCCAAAACCGGCCAAUCCGAUACAAAGAACGAAAUCAAACCCGAAGACACCUUUUGGACGGCCAGCCCCUAAGACAAAGAAAUGGGAUCAUACUGCGUUCGCUAAGACUGGGCUUCGUAAGCCACUCCCAAAGUCCAAGAACAAGGACGGACAGGAUGCGCACGACAGUGACGAGGAAGGUGAAGAAUUCGAACAAUUCCCCGCUCCGUUUGUUCCAGGUGAGGCCACAGACAAUCUUAGCUCGGAUGUUUCUGACGUAAUUACGGUUAUCGUUCUCUUCAGUUGGCCCAGUAUGUUCUUCGUUGUCCCUCCACCAAUGAAACUCGAGCCAGAUCUUCUAGAGGCAAGGCAUUGGAUAUAUCCUCUCAACCGUCCUAAACGUGACUAUCAAUUCAACAUUGUAAAACAUUCGCUCUUUGAGAAUACUCUCGUUGCCCUCCCUACUGGUCUUGGGAAGACCUUCGUUGCUGGUGUUGUGAUGCUGAAUUACUAUCGCUGGUUUCCAGAAGGCAAGGUAGUAUUUGUAGCCCCGACGAAGCCACUUGUGUCUCAACAAAUCGAUGCAUGCCAUCAAGUGUGCGGUAUUCCUGGCAAUGAUGCCAUCGAGCUAACCGGCGAUAAUGUAAGGGCCCUCAGGGCCAAAGCGUGGCAUGACAAACGGGUGAUCUACAUGACACCUCAGACUCUAGUUAACGACCUCACGAAGGAAACCUGCGAUCCGAUGGACAUUGUCCUACUCGUCAUCGACGAAGCCCACAGAGCCACGGGACAGUACGCAUACUCACAAGCCGUUCGGUAUCUCAUGGCGAAGAAUCCUCAUUUUCGCAUACUUGCUCUGACCGCCACUCCUGGUGGUACCCCAGAGAAAGUGCAAGAUCUCGUAGACGCUCUUCAUAUUAGUCACAUUGAGAUACGAGAUGAACACAGCUUAGAUCUCAAGCCUUUCAUUCACGAAAAGCGUAUUGAACAACAUAUCAUCAAAAUGAACGACGACAUAAACCGAGUCAUGGCUCCAUUAGCGAAACUGAUGGAGUCUGUCUUGCAACCGCUCGCCUCGCGGGGAGUCCUCCAUCUCAUGAACGUCUACAAUGCGCACCCUUUUUACUUCCAGAAACAGUGUCAGCAACUGGGUCCUAACCAGAAAUGGGCAUAUCAGCCUCUCUUUCGACUCUCUGGGUUAGCUCGAGCCAUGGGGUACUUGCAAGAGGCCAGUGUUUCGAUGUGCUACAAAUGUCUUCUCAGUCUGGCCGAAGAUAGUAUCGGGGAUGGCACACAAAAGAAGGCUACGGCUGUCUCGAAUGCAAAGAAAUUCCGAAAUGAUCCUCUGUACAAAGCUGUCAUACAAGAGUUCGAGGCUCAGAAGGCCCGAAAGUUUACCAUGCAUCCCAAGCUGGAUCGUCUCAGGACCUUCUUGGUCCAGCAUUUCGGUGGUCUUUUGGCUGAUGCAGCGGACGAAGCUGAAGCACCCGAAGAAACCCGAGCCAUGGUAUUUGUGACUUUCCGGGAGUGCGUCGAGGAGAUAGUAGAAGCUCUCAAUUUCGAUCGCCCCAUGCUCCGAGCGGCUGCGUUCAUUGGGCAAGGCACUGAUAAGGAUGGGAAGAAGGGACUUGCGCAGAAGGAGCAGCUUGAGCUCAUCAAGAAAUUCAAAGCCGGCGAAUACAACGUUUUAGUAGCGACUUCCAUUGGCGAAGAAGGGUUGGACAUCGGCGAAGUGGACCUGAUCAUUUGCUAUGAUGCUCAGAAGACACCUAUUCGGAUGUUGCAACGCGUUGGCCGCACUGGUCGCAAGCGUUCGGGCGUUGUUCAUGUCCUACUUGCAGAAGGCCGCGAGGAACAGAAUUUCGACAAGGCUAAAGACGCCUAUUCUCAUGUCCAGAAAUCAAUAUGCAGCGGCGAAGACCUGGAGUUAUAUGGUGACGUCGAGCGCCUCCUCCCUAGCCACAUCAAGCCUGAGUGUCUGGAGAAAGCGAUGGACAUCGUUGAAUACGUUCGUAGCGACGAAUACAGAAGAGUUGGCCGCACCAAAUCUGCUGGGAAAAAUCCAGAAAAAGAGCCUCGAGUUCCGAAGCGCAAACGCAACGAAGCCCCAGAUCGAAACAUGCCUUAUGGUGCAAUAAGUGGCUUCGUAGCCGCCUCGAAGUUAACGAAGAAACGAAAGAUCAAGAUUUCCGACAAAGAACUGGAGGCUGCGGGGGUCGAUAAUUCUUCCGAUCGGGAGAUUGAAACCGAACUUUUUUACCCUCCUCCCCCUCGGCGGACCCAAUCAUCGACAGCGGCUUCUACUUCCACACGCGAGGCCAAAUCCACUCUCAAGCGUUCCGCCACUACCAACAUCGCCAAAAAGAAGAAGAGUACGAAGAAGGGUAAAGUUGCUCAGUCGCCAGAGCCCGCGCGCAGUCCCUCUCCAGAGAAAUACCCUAGUGAUGAGAAGGAAGCAUUGGGAUCGCCCAUACACAAGACAAUCCCAAAAUCCGCGCCUAAGAAGCGCAAGAAGGCUCCUUCAAUUCCACCUGUCAGUCCUAUACCGCCAUCCCCACCAACAAAGCGGUUGCCAGACGUCCUAGAGCUUUCCUGGGAUGAGGACGAGGGUCGCCAAGAUAUCGAGUCACCACGCAGCAAGGAACGAUCUCAGUUUCAGCCCGCUUCAGCAUCUGGCUCGAACAACGCCGUUGUAGAUAGUAUGGCGUGGCUGGUGGACGGAUCAGAUGACGACCCCAGUAUCCAAAUUAUCAGCUCCAGCCCUCCACCGCCAGGCGCAUUCUCGCUGGACGAUUCUAUGGAGGUUGGCGAACCGAUGCCAGUAACUUGCCAUGAUAGUGGUCCAAGAUCAACGCCUCCCCUCGAUCCCCUCUCCCGCCCAAGUUCACCACUAUGGAGUUCCCCAAGAAAACCACUUUCACCCAUUGUUGCCCAGGCAUGGGGUUCGCCCCCCAACCACAGCGCGAAUCUACGGUCUCCGAAUUUUCUGUCUCCUCCAGUAGGCAAGGUUGGCGAAUCAAGCCGAAGCAAGACCUUUCAAUGCCCACCUACGACAUUCCCUGUACGCCCUGUUGGGAGAUUACAACGCAAACGAGCUCUCCCAGAUAUCGAGCUCGACUCUCCGUCCGUCGAGAUGCCGCCUCCAUCUCAGCGGCGAUUGAAGCGUAAGACAUCUUCAUCUAAUGUACCCAAAGUCAGCAAGGGGAAGGGGAAGGCCCGCGAAACCCUAGGACGUCAGCAUCUCAACCCGCUUUUCGACGUCGCUGCUGAACAUUCGGGAGAUGAAGUCAGCGCAGGCUCUUCUCAUAGCGAAGAUGACGUUGAAGAUGAAACCGAUCGUGCCUUUAUCAAAGAUCUUGCAACGCAAGUUUCGCCAAGUUAUGACCAAUCCCUGAUUUAUCGACAAAGUCUAUUGUCGCAGUAUCCUGGACGGGCCGGUCCUGCUUUCAAGGACAAACCUGUGAGAACAGGAGUCUUCGGUCCCAAAAGAGCUGCGAAACAAUAUAUCAUAUCCAGCUCCCCAGAGCGUGGUAACGAAAGUCCUGACGAAUACCAGUUCGGGAGCUUCGUCGUCGAUGAUAGUGCCGAGAUUAUUUACUCAGAUGGACCUUCCUUUGAUUGA